AUGUCUCUUCUGGGGACUAUAAACCCUAAUCUCAACCCCGCCCGAACAGUCGGCGCUCAAGGUGAAGCUGAGGGCGCAGCUCCUGUGACCGGAGGGGAGCCAUUGGCUAUCUUCGAGGAAAACGACAGCGCAAGAACGUCCGAUACCGCUUUGGACAAACUAGACAAAGAUGCAUCCAAAUACGAUGAGCAGAUCGCAGAAGCGGAGGUUACACGCCUGGCACAGCAUCUGACCCGCCAAUCGACGAGAUUCUCUGUCAGCCAGAAUGUGGAGAACCCAUUCUUGGAAACCAAGGAGGAUUCCACUUUGAACCCUCUUGGCCCCAACUUCAAGGCAAAGAACUGGAUGAAGAACCUGUUAGCCCUUACGUCUCGUGAUCCGGAAAGACACCCCAGGCGUGAAGCCGGUAUCUCGUUCCGCAACCUCAGUGUUCACGGUUAUGGAAGUCCGACGGAUUACCAAAAGGAUGUGUUCAACAUGGUCCUUCAAGUUGGUGCCCUGUUCCGUGCAGUCACUGGCACAGGUAAGCAGAAGAUUCAGAUUCUGCGUGACUUUGACGGCCUUGUGAAGAGCGGUGAGAUGUUGGUCGUGCUGGGACGACCUGGAAGCGGAUGCUCGACUUUCUUGAAAACACUCGCUGGUGAGAUGAACGGUAUCUAUAUGGACGAUAAUUCCGAAUUAAACUACCAGGGUAUUCCCGCAAAACAAAUGCGGAGACAGUUCCGUGGUGAAGCUAUCUAUAACGCCGAAACCGAUGUUCACUUUCCUCAGCUGUCUGUUGGUGACACUCUAAAAUUCGCUGCACUUACCCGUUGUCCACGGAAUCGGUUCCCCGGCGUCUCGAGAGAGCAAUACGCCGAGCACAUGCGCGAUGUUGUGAUGGCCAUGCUUGGUCUUACGCAUACCAUUAACACAAGAGUCGGUAAUGACUUUGUCCGUGGCGUCAGUGGUGGUGAGAGAAAGCGUGUCAGUAUUGCAGAGGCGACUCUCAGCGGCAGUCCUCUCCAGUGUUGGGAUAACAGUACCCGUGGUCUGGAUAGUGCAAACGCCUUGGAGUUCUGCAAGACCCUGAAUCUGAUGACAAAAUAUGCUGGUGCCACAGUUGCAGUGGCUAUCUACCAGGCUUCUCAGAGCGCUUACGAUGUCUUCGACAAAGUAACUGUUUUGUAUGAAGGCAGACAGAUCUACUUUGGUCGCACAGAUGAAGCAAAGGAAUUUUUCACUAACAUGGGAUUCGAAUGUCCGGAGCGACAAACGACUGCCGAUUUCCUUACCUCCCUUACCAGUCCAUCUGAACGUAUUGUGAAGAAGGGCUACGAGGGCAAGGUUCCACGGACCCCAGAUGAAUUCGCUGCCGCCUGGAAGAACAGCGAGGCAUAUGCGAAAUUGAUCGGGGAAAUUGAAGAAUACAACCGGGAGUUCCCACUGGGUGGUGAAUCAGUUAAGAAAUUCGUUGAGUCCCGCAGAGCCAUGCAGGCGAAAAACCAGCGCGUGGGGUCUCCGUAUACAGUUUCCAUCUACGAACAGGUCAGACUCUGCAUGAUCCGCGGGUUUCAACGUCUUAAGGGUGAUUCCAGUUUGACCAUGAGUCAAUUGAUUGGAAAUUUCAUUAUGGCCUUGAUUAUUGGAAGUGUUUUCUAUAAUCUGAAACAUGAUACGUCGAGUUUCUAUUCGCGUGGCGCUUUACUUUUCUUUGCUGUGUUGCUGAACGCAUUUUCCAGUGCGCUCGAGAUCUUGACUCUGUACGCACAACGUCCCAUUGUUGAGAAACAGGCCCGUUACGCUAUGUAUCAUCCAUUCGCCGAAGCUAUCGCAUCUAUGCUUUGUGACAUGCCCUACAAAAUCACAAAUGCAAUAACAUUCAACAUCACCCUUUAUUUCAUGACAAAUCUUCGCCGUGAACCGGGUCCAUUCUUCGUGUUUCUUCUGUUUACGUUCGUGACUACUAUGACCAUGUCCAUGCUUUUCCGUACGAUAGCCGCUUCUUCCAGGACCCUCUCUCAAGCUUUGGUGCCUGCCGCCAUUCUUAUUCUGGGUCUGGUUAUUUAUACCGGUUUCACCAUCCCUACUCGGAACAUGCUUGGUUGGUCGCGAUGGAUGAACUACCUUGAUCCCAUUGCCUAUGGCUUCGAAAGCUUAAUGGUCAAUGAAUUUCACAACACCAAAUGGAAAUGCUCUGCCGCCGAGCUUGUCCCAAGCUACAAUGAUGUCUCUCUGGAGUAUAAGAUUUGCUCUACAGUCGGUGCUGUUGCUGGUUCUGAAUAUGUUUACGGCGACGACUACCUCCAUCAGAGUUUCCAAUACUAUCAGAGCCACAAGUGGAGAAACCUGGGUAUCAUGUUUGCCUUCAUGGUGUUUUUUAUGAUCACCUAUUUGACUGCUACUGAGUUCAUUUCGGAGGCUAAGUCCAAGGGUGAAGUUCUGCUCUUCCGCCGUGGUCAUUAUUCUCGUGGUGCGGCUGAUGUUGAGACCCACAACGACGUAUCCGCCACUGAGAAGACGAACGAUUCCAAUGCCGGCGCAGGUGCUGCGAUUCAGAGGCAAGAGGCCAUUUUCCACUGGCAGGAUGUGUGUUACGACAUUAAGAUCAAGAGUGAACCUCGGCGCAUUCUCGAUCAUGUCGAUGGCUGGGUCAAGCCCGGUACUUGUACCGCUCUCAUGGGUGUGUCCGGUGCUGGUAAAACAACGCUCCUGGAUGUACUUGCUACUCGUGUGACAAUGGGUGUGGUAAGUGGUGAGAUGCUGGUCGAUGGCCGUCUGCGCGAUCAAUCCUUCCAGCGAAAGACGGGUUAUGUUCAGCAACAAGAUCUUCACCUUCAUACCACCACUGUGCGUGAGGCCUUGAGAUUCAGUGCUAUCCUUCGCCAGCCUGCACAUGUUAGCCGUCAGGAAAAGCUCGAUUAUGUCGAAGAGGUUAUUAAACUGCUUGGAAUGGAAGCGUACGCAGAUGCGGUCGUUGGUGUUCCUGGUGAAGGUCUAAAUGUCGAACAGCGGAAACGUCUGACCAUCGGUGUUGAAUUGGCUGCCAAACCCCAGCUGCUUCUGUUCCUCGACGAGCCCACGUCCGGUCUGGACAGUCAAACUUCCUGGUCUAUUCUUGAUCUUAUUGAUACCUUGACUAAGCAUGGUCAAGCUAUUCUUUGCACCAUUCAUCAGCCUUCCGCUAUGCUCUUCCAGCGCUUUGACCGUCUACUCUUCCUGGCCAGAGGUGGUAAGACCGUGUAUUUCGGUGAAAUUGGAGACAAAUCCUCUACUCUCGCGAGCUAUUUCGAACGAAACGGUGCCCCGAAACUCCCUCUCGAGGCGAACCCGGCUGAAUGGAUGCUUGAAGUCAUUGGUGCCGCUCCCGGAUCACACAGUGAUAUUGACUGGCCUGCCGUGUGGCGUGAGAGUCCUGAGCGUGAAGCUGUCCGCAAUCACCUUGCAGAGCUGAAAUCUACACUUUCACAGAAGUCAGUUGAUCAUUCUCACAGCGACGAAAAUAGCUUCAACGAGUUCGCCGCACCCUUUAGUGUCCAGUUGUACGAGUGUCUGGUCCGCGUGUUCUCCCAGUACUGGCGGACACCAGUCUACAUCUACUCCAAGGCAACUCUCUGCAUUCUAACAUCUCUCUACAUCGGUUUCUCCUUUUUCCACGCAGAAAACAGCAGACAGGGUCUCCAAAACCAGAUGUUCAGUAUCUUCAUGUUGAUGACUAUCUUCGGUAAUCUUGUUCAACAAAUUAUGCCCAACUUUGUUACUCAACGUGCCCUCUACGAGGCUCGUGAAAGACCUUCCAAGGCAUACUCCUGGAAAGCAUUCAUGACAGCCAACAUCUUGGUUGAGCUCCCCUGGAAUGCUCUUAUGAGUGUCAUUAUCUUUGUUUGCUGGUACUACCCAAUUGGUCUCUAUCGCAAUGCUGAAGCCACCGACAGUGUCCAUGAGCGUGGAGCCCUUAUGUGGCUGCUUAUUCUCUCCUUCCUCCUGUUUACCUCUACCUUCGCGCACAUGAUGAUCGCUGGUAUCGAGCUCGCUGAGACAGGUGGCAAUCUUGCAAACUUGCUCUUCUCCCUGUGUCUGAUCUUCUGUGGUGUCCUCGCCACCCCCGAAACCCUCCCCGGGUUUUGGAUCUUCAUGUACCGCGUUUCCCCAUUCACAUACCUAGUAUCGGGAAUGCUCUCAACAGGUGUCGGUCGUAGCACCGCCGUCUGCGAAAAGGUCGAAUUCCUGCACCUCACCCCGCCACCCAACACCACCUGUUACAACUACAUGAGCGAUUACAUCGGAUCCGUCGGCGGCUACCUGGAAAACAACAAUGCCACCGAUUCCUGCUCCUUCUGCCAGAUCUCAAGUACAGACACCUUCUUGUCUGCGGUUAGCAGUUACUACGAGGACCGGUGGCGCAACUUCGGUAUCAUGUGGGCCUUCAUUGUCUUCAACAUCGCCGCCGCGGUGUUCAUUUACUGGCUUGCCCGUGUGCCUAAGGGCUCGCGGUCUAAGAACUAA